AUUGUUUUUAUAUGCUUGCUUACCUGCCUUGACUAUGAAAAGUGUCUUAUUUCGGUUAAUUUAAUAACCCUUGUGCAUGAAGAGAGGUAGCUAAUUUUACAUACUGCGUAAAAUAUUUACUAUAUAUUAUCGCUCAAUUAUCAUGACGUAUUUAACGUCGUGGGAGGAAUUUGAAAAGGUUGCAGAGAGGUUAUAUCUACAAGAUCCACUAAAGGCUCGAUUUAGUAUGAAGUAUUGCCACAAAAAAGGACUUCUUUGUCUGAAGCUUACGGACAACUGUACGUGUUUGCAGUACCGAACAGAAAUUGCACAGGAUUUUAAAAAGAUGGAGAAAUUUAUAGGAAAUCUUAUGCGGCACAUGGCUUCGAAGGAUGUCUAAGGUUGAAGUGAAUUUUUACUCGUAUACAUGAAGAGAGUGGUGGGAUUAUAUAUAUUUAUUUUAUUCAAGUAUAAAAAACUUUUCACUUAAAUAUACAAUAUGUGCAAAAGAGUUAGCAUCAUUUUCAAUUAAAGCUUGGUGUUUAUUUUGGCCUGGUCCUCUGUCUGCGUGUCAAAGUUCUGCAACAAUCAAACAGAGAUACAAUUUCAUCAACGUCCAUUGAAACUUAAAGUCGGACGGGUCAUAUCCCCUCACAUUCCAGAUGGAGCCGGCCCUGAUCAUAGUUAAGCGUUUCAAGUGUUGUAAAACGGACAAAUACUUUUCCCAUUUUUAACUAAGCUGCAUCUUUAUGAAGACAGAGGUAUGCAAAUAUAUAUGUUAAGUGUGAAGUGAA